GAAGUUUCAUAACUGGGUGCAAAGGCAGAGUCAGGAUAAAAGGCUCAGCUGGCCGCUGCAGUGAAGACUGUCAGACUGAGACCAUGGAGCUCAGCGUCCUCCUCUCCCUUGCAAUCCUCACAGGCCUCUUGCUACUUUUGGUCAAGGGCCGCCCAAAGGCCCAUGGCCGCCUCCCACCAGGACCCCAUCCUCUGCCCUUCUUGGGGAACCUUCUGCAGAUGGACAGAGGGGGCCUACUCAGAUCCUUCCUGAAGCUCCAGGAAAAAUACGGGGAUGUCUUCACGGUAUAUCUGGGGCCAAGGCCAGUAGUCAUGCUGUGUGGGACAGAGGCCAUAAGGGAGGCCCUGGUGGACCAAGCUGAGUACUUCUCUGGCCGGGGCAAAAUCGCCAUUGUGGAGCCAGUCUUCCAGGGACACGGCGUAGUCUUUGCCAAUGGGGACCGAUGGAAGGCUCUCCGGAGAUUCUCUGUGGCCACCAUGAGGGACUUCGGGAUGGGAAAGCGGAGCGUGGAGGAGCGGAUUCAGGAGGAGGCUCAGUGUCUGGUGGAAGAGCUGCGGAAAUCCCAGGGAGCCCUCCUGGACCCCACCUUCUCCUUUCAGGCCAUCACUGCCAACAUCAUCUGCUCCAUUGUCUUUGGGAAACGCUUCCACUACAAAGAUCAAGAGUUCCUGAAGCUGCUGGACCUAUUCUAUCGGUCCUUCUCACUCAUCAGCUCUUUAUCCAGCCAGGUGUUUGAGCUCUUCUCCAACUUCUUGAAGUACUUUCCCGGCACACACAGGCAGGUCUACAGAAACCUGCAGGAAAUCAAUGCUUUCAUCGGCCACAGUGUGGAGAAGCACCGGAAAACCCUGGACCCCAGCUCCCCGCGGGACCUCAUAGAUGUUUACCUGCUCCGAAUGGAAAAAGAGAAAUCCAACCCCAACAGUGAGUUCAACCAUAAAAACCUCAUCCUCAACACACUCUCGCUCUUCUUCGCUGGCACCGAGUCCACCAGCACCACUCUCCGCUACGGCUUCCUGCUCAUGCUCAAAUACCCUCAAGUCGCAGAGAAAGUCCACAAGGAGAUUGCACAGGUGAUUGGCACACAUCGCCCUCCAGCCCUCGAUGACCGAGCCAAAAUGCCAUACACAGAUGCUGUCAUCCAUGAGAUUCAGAGAUUUGCAGAUCUCAUCCCCAUUGGUGUGCCCCACAUAGUCACCAAAGACACCCACUUCCGAGGGUUCUUCAUCCCCAAGAACACAGAAGUGUUUCCCAUCCUGAGCUCUGCUCUCCAUGACCCACGUCACUUUGAAAAACCAGACGCCUUCAACCCUGACCACUUUCUGGAUGCCAAUGGGGCGCUGAAGAAGAAUGAAGCUUUUAUCCCCUUUUCCUUAGGGAAGCGCAUUUGUCUUGGCGAAGGCAUUGCCAGGACCGAAUUGUUCCUCUUCUUCACCACCAUUCUCCAAAACUUCUCCUUGGCCAGCUCCAUGGCUCCUGAGGACAUUGACCUUACGCCCCAGGAGUGUGGUGUGGGCAAAGUAGCCCCAGUGUAUCAGAUCCGCUUCCUUCCCCGCUAAAGGGGCUGAGAAAGGGGCCAAAAGACUCCAGGAUCACUAAGUGUCCCCACCUCUGAGGACCUGGCCCCCAACCUCCACCACAACUGGCUGACUGUGACAUACCUGUUGCAAGGCAGUGUCCUUCCUCCUCCAGGGCACUGUCGUUUGAGGUCACAUCACCAGUGAGUGCAGAAACAAGAUUCACACCCUGGGUCCAGAACCAAAAAUCUUCUUCACAGCUCCUUCUGUUUUCAUGUACAUAUUUUUAAAUUAAGAUAAAAUUCACAUAGUAUAAAAUUAAUGAUUUAAAGCAUGUGAUUUAGUGGCAAAUGAUUCAUUCACAAUUUUGUCUAACCAUCACCACCUAGUUGCACACAUUUUUAUCCCCCUGGUCCAGAUGGCUUCACACCAGAAUUCUAUCAAACCUUUAAAGAAGAGCUUAUUCCCAUACUGCAGAAAUUAUUCCAAAAAAUUGAGGAGGAAAGAAUCUUCCCCAACACAUUCUAUGAAGCAAACAGUAUCAGGAUACCAAAACCAGGAAAAGACCCAACUAAAAAGGAGAACUUCAGACCAAUUUCAUUAAGGAAUAGAGAUGCAAAAAUUCUCAACAAAAUCCUAGCCAAUAGAUUACAGCUUAUCAUCAAAAAAGUCAUACAUCACGAUCAAGUAGGUUUCAUUCCUAGGGAUGCAAGGCUGCUUUAACAUAUGCAAGUCAUAAACAUAAUUCACCAUAUCAACAGAAGCAAAAACAAAGACAAUGUGAUCCUCUCAAUAGAUGCAGAAAAAGCAUUCGAUAAAAUCCACUAUCCUUUUCUUUUUUUUUUUUUUUUGGCCGGGGCUGGGUUUGAACCCACCACCUCUGGCAUAUGGGACCGGCGCCCUACUCCUUGAGCCACAGGCACCGCCCCCACUAUCCUUUUCUAAUUAGAACACUGACAAAUACAGGCAUUGGUGGCACAUUCCUUAAACUGAUCAAAGCCAUCUACGACAAACCCACAGCUAAUAUUUUACUGGAUGGAGUUAAACUGAAAGCUUUUCCACUUAGAACUGGAACCAGGCAAGUUUGUCCUCUAUCAUCACUACUAUUCAACAUAGUGCUGGAAGUUCUAGCCAAUAGAAUCAAGCAAGAGAAGGAAAUAAAGGGCAUUGAAAUGGGAGCAAAGGAGGUCAAACUCUCCCUCUUUGCCGAGGAUAUGAUCUUAUACUUAGAGAACAGACUGAAGAAAAAUAAAGAUACAGGAAGUCCAGGGCAUCAAAGAAGUCCAGCAAAACACCCAUCUCAUCUGAGCCCCUCUUGCAGGCAGCAGAAAGAAGUUGAAGGAGAAAAUGGAACAGCCAUUACAAGAGGACGUGGACAUGGAAGAUGUUUCUUAAAAUUCUUAUUGUCUGUAACCAUUUCUAUAUGGACAUUUGAAAAUGUUCUUUGGAGACUAGAACUUCUAAGUUAUUGAUUUAUUUUUUAAUAAGGUCAUUCAAAUGAAAGGGACUUAAAAAUAUUUCACCUACAUUGCUGUCUGUAAAACAUCAGAUAGUAUGGCUGUUUGAUUGCAUCUCAGUGUUAAACCUUCACUGAUAGAUGUGCUUAUGUAAAUUAUGAAAAUUCUGCUUGUAAAUACAGAAGUGAAUUGUGGGCAUAAAAUGGUUAUUCUAUUUGGAUAAUGGCCCAACAGCAUUUAUACAAUAACUAAGGACAUGGGCGGAGCCUGUGGCUCAGUCAGUAAGGCGCCGGCCCCAUAUACCGAGGGUGGCGGGUUCAAACCCGGCCCCGGCUGAACUGCAACCAAAAAAUAGCUGAGCGUUGUGGUGGGCGCCUGUAGUCCCAGCUACUUGGGAGGCUGAGGCAAGAGAAUCGCUUAAGCCCAGGAGUUGGAGGUUGCUGUGAGCUGUGUGAGGCCACGGCACUCUACCGAGGGCCAUAAAGUGAAACUCUGUCUCUACAAAAAAAAAAAAAAAAGAACAAUAACUAAGGACAAAAGUUGUGGCUAGUGAUAGGUAAAAAUAAAAUUUUCUUUGCAUUAAAAUAGUCCCUUUAUUAAUGUUAUCUAAAAGAUAUAAGGAAUUAACAAUUUGUGACUAUUAAUUUCCAAUAAUAUCUUUUAUUUUAAUCAAUAUUCCUGUUUGGGGUUAUUAGCAUCUUUCAAGACUAUAAUGGCCUUGUAUCAUAAAGCCUGGACUGAACUGUUUUGGUCUAGUUUAACUGUUUUAAUAGGUAGUAAUGAAUGUUGGGGAUGAAAGUUGAAUAAUCUUUGCCUGACGUGGCACUGUAUAAUUUCCACUUUGGGGAAUACUCAGUUCUAACUUGUGACUCCUGAUAGAAUAGGCUUUAUUUUUCUAAAGGAAUACCAGUGGCUUUUAAAAUUUGUUGUGUGAUUUUCUUUAUAAAAGCUCCUAAUUGUUUUCGGAAAAUAGAAUUUAUGGGUAAAACAUCUGUUCAUUAGUUGCAGAAAAAAUAAAACCAUUUUAAAAGUAAAAA